CCCAAUGUCUUCUUUUUCUUUCUCUCUAUUUCUCUUUCCUUCAAACUCAAAAAUACCUGAGAAAGGUCAGAUUUUUUAAUAUCCAGUAUGGGAAGAACACCUUGUUGUGAUAAAAAUGGGCUCAAGAAAGGCCCAUGGACACCUGAGGAAGAUCACAAAUUGAUUGAUUAUAUUCAGAAAAAUGGACAUGGAAAUUGGAGGACUCUUCCUAAGAAUGCAGGGCUCCAAAGAUGUGGGAAGAGCUGUCGUUUACGAUGGACGAAUUAUCUUAGACCCGAUAUCAAAAGGGGAAGAUUUUCAUUCGAGGAGGAAGAAACCAUCAUUCAACUCCAUAGUGUUUUGGGUAACAAGUGGUCUGCAAUUGCCACCCGAUUACCGGGAAGGACAGACAAUGAAAUAAAAAACUAUUGGAACACUCAUAUAAGAAAGAGGCUUCUAAGAAUGGGAAUUGAUCCAGUGACACAUAGUCCACGUCUUGAUCUACUGGAUCUGUCUUCCAUUUUACGCUCAACUCUUUAUAAUUCUUCACAAAUGAACCUUUCAAGCUUGCUUGGAGUUCAGCCAUUAGUCAAUCCCGAGCUUCUUAAGUUGGCUGCUUCAUUAAUGUCUUCUGAACGUAAAAAUCCGAGCUUUUCUCCUCAAAAUUCUACACACACGACCAUUCAAUUUUCUCAUCCUCAGCUACAAAUGCAAGUUCCUAUGCAAGAAAUUGUUCAAUUCCCUUCACAGGUAGUGGAACCAAUUCCAAGUGAAUUAAAUGACCAGUGGCAAAAUGGUUCGAUUUUGCCAUCAAAUUUAAGCCAAGGUUGUAACUUUGAUUUGGCUGAGGGAUUUGAGUAUUCUGGGUUGGAUCAGCAACAACAAACCGCCGCAACGGUGGAGAAUUCGUAUGAAACGGCGACGUUUAGUUCCCAUAAUGGAAACGGUACUAAUUUUGGUUUGGGAUCGGUUUUAUCUUCUCCUUGUUCUUCAAGUCCUACACAGAUGAAUUCCAACUCUACGUAUUUCACCAGUCCAACUGAAGAUGAGAGAGAAAGUUAUUGUAGCCAGAUUUUAAAUUUUGAAAUCUCUGAUAUCUUUGAUGAACCUUUCAUUUAAUGUAAUGUCUAAUGUGUAAUGUAAUAAAUCAAACAAAUCUGUCAAAUCUAAUUUUUCUUCUUCUAUGCU